GGGAAUUGAAUCAUGAAGAGAAACGUUUGGCAACGUCGCCAUGUGUUGUUCCAUCCUCGGCUCCUCGCUCAAUUUUAGUUCAAAACGUAAACAGUUACGUUGCUCAGCUGUGUGGGUUGAAACAUAUAUGGCUCUUUAGUUAAUGGAAUUGCUGAACAUCACGUAGUUGAAUAGAGCUUAUUGUAUGCUACCACUGUGUUAUCUGGCCUUUGAAUAUAAACAGAUAGUUAUCCUUCAACAUGCAGGUUCCUCCACCAGGAUUCAACUAUCAGCAAUCUACUCAGAAAAAUCUUGUUCUUCAUCAGCAGCAAACAGAAACAUCCACUCGUCAUGUUUCUCAACAAGGGUGGCAUCAAACCAAUAAUGGACUAUCCUCAAUUUACAGUAGUUGGUCCAAUCAAUCUGCUGUCUCGUAUGCUGCUGCUUCCACCUGUCCACCUGCUUGCGUGCCUGACCAUGUGAUGACCAAUGCACGUCACAUUUUGGGAAUGGAGACCACUAUUGACUACUUGAAAGAAUUGUUGUCUAAAGAAUUUGAUAUGAAUGUCAAAGAGAGAACAGCAGUGAAGAUUUUGAAAAAAGAUGUAGAAAAUGCAAGACAUAUCAACAAGUGUCUUAUUGAACAACUGCAAAAGGCACAGGCUGAAAAAACAGAAGUCAACUCUGCAUUGCAAUAUGUUUUAGCUGUACAAAAUGAAUUGUCUGUUAAUCAAAAGGAGAUUGUGGAUGCCAAAAGUGAGCUGGUUACGGCCCAAAAUAGCAUCAGUGAUCUUAAGGCAGCCAAUGCAUUUUUGGAAUCCAAACUGGCAGAAUUGCAACUUCAAGAUGAAGAAAAAGGACCGGAUACGUCAUCAGAAACUAUGAAAACAGCGUCAAUCCCACGUGAAUGUUCUGAAAAAUCUUUGCUGGAAGAGAAACAAACAGAUUAUGAAACUUUGAAGUCACAGUAUGAUCUUCUUAAAGUUGAGUUAGACAGCACCGUUCAAAUGAAAAAUAUUGUAACGUGCAUGUUUAAAGAAUUGAGCAAAAAACAUCUCUACAUGAUAGAAUAUUCCGGAGAGCAGAUGUAUAUCGACUAUGAAGAGAAACACGCGAAAUUCAAGGGGCAAUUAAAUUCGUUAAAGAAAGAUUCGACAUACGAAAAGCAAUGCUCCUUGAUCGAACAAACCCUUGGUUGCUUAGAGCAACAACUAAAACUACUUGAAGACUUUCGGGAAGACUUUCGCAUACGCAUUGAGUUACUGAUGUGCCGCAUCGACCAAGAAUUUGCUCUAGUAUCGGAUCUGAGUAUACGGGCCAGAAAGCCUUCAUUUGAAAUUCCCGUUGACGACUUCGAUGGACUGCUUCAGAUGAUAGCAAAAAUUGGAGGUCUUGAACUUGAUGAGAAACUGAAUCUUAAAAAAAUUGACCCUCAUUCUGAAUGAUUACUGAAAAUGUCCCUCAUUAACCUUACUUUAAAAUCUCGAACUGUUUUCUUCCAUUUCUUUUUUUAUUUUAUUUUUUUUUGUAAACUGCUGAUUCUUGUGGUUCACGCAUUUGCACACUUACACACUGUAUUAAUGUAUAAGCGAUAAUAACCAGCUAAAAUUCUAAAACGUCAUCUUUUUUUCGAAUUGUAACAUCGUUUUCGUAUAAUUUUAUUAUUAUAAGUUAUAACCCGGAUCGAAAGCCGUAUACAUGCAAGGAGUUUUGUUUGUCUAGAGAACAAUAAAUCUGCUGGACACUA